CCCAGCCCAAGAAGAUGGAUAUGCAGAUGCUUUUGAUCUUUGUCUUCACCAGCCUUCUUUCUGAAGCCUUUACUCAGACAGACCUCGGUGGGAAGGUGUUUGUGUUCCCUACAGAGUCUUCAAGUGAUCAUGUGAAGAUAAUCUCACAGCAGGAGAAACCUUUGCAGAACUUUACCUUGUGUUUGCGAGCCUAUAGUGACCUUUCCCGAGCCUACAGCCUCUUCUCCUACAAUGUUGAGGGCAAGGAUAACGAACUACUAAUCUAUAAAGAAAGAACUGGAGAUUACAGUCUACACAUUGGAGGAAGGAAAGUCACAUUUAAAGUGAUGGAAACACUCCUUUCACCUGUGCAUCUCUGUGCCAGCUGGGAGUCCUCCACUGGCAUUGUUGAAUUUUGGAUCAAUGGGAAGCCAUUGGUAAAGAAGGGUCUGAGGCAGGGGUACACUAUAGAACCUCGUGGCAGCAUUGUCCUGGGACAGGAACAGGAUUCUUUUGGAGGGGAAUUUGAUAAGAGCCAGUCUUUUGUGGGAGAGAUUGGGGAUUUGGACAUGUGGGACUCCGUGCUAUCUCCAGAGGAGAUCCUGUUUGAAUAUCAGGGUAGUACUACCAAUCCUACCUAUCCUAAUAUUCUAAACUGGAAGGCUCUACACUAUGAAGUGAAUGGAUAUGUCAUCAUCAAGCCCCUAGUGUGGAACUGA